CCACAGAGAGUUGUUUAGUUUAGUCUGUGAAUUGUUGUUAACCGGUGCGGUUUAGAAUUUACGUGGACGGCUUAAGUCAAACAAAGACAACUUGGAAUGUUGAAAUAUUGACGAUUUGUUUAAGAAUUGAACUUGAAAUUGCGACUAUUUAAAACAUAUUUCGGCAAAAUUCCGUUUGCAUUCAGAAAGCUUAUAAUAUAAGUUUAAUAAAAUGAAUUUUCGGAGGUGUUUUCCAUCCAAUAUACUGUUAGUGAACUUAACACUUAUCAUUACCGCUACACAAUUCAAUGACAACAACAGAAACCAAAAAUAAAAAAAGUGUGCACAGUGAAUUUUGUUUUUAAUAGUGCUCGAAAUCGCUGUAACUAUCUAGUCGCGCAGCUCGUGGCUUCCAUGCAAGUGUGUAAAGAAACAAAAAAAAAAACACACGAAUAAGAACAGUGAACAUAAAUAAAGACAUAUUAAAUCGAAUUAAGUCGCAUCCCAGUCCGAAUUGUAUCGCGUCGCGGCAUCAAACAGCGUUAAUAAACUCGAUAUGCAGCACAUUUGAUAGCCUCGAUACGCCAGCAACGCAAUACAGCUAUCUUGGCUGUUCACCACUUAAAUUCUAAAGUAUUCAAUUGGAUUAAGUUGACCUUCAGAGCUAAUUGUAACAGUAGAGCGAAUAUCACAAAGCGCGCGGCAUCACGCUUUGAAUUCAGCUCUCUACUUUGUUACUUCCCGACGUACGUUUCGCUUUAUUUCAACACAGCAACGCUUCCAGCUUUUAGCAAUAUGGCCACAAAUACAGAGCUUCUGCCUUUCCAAAAUAAUUCAACAAUUUCUCUACAAACUGCUGCUGCACUUACCAGCUACCAUGGAGGUGGUAGUGGAGGUGGCGGUGGCGGCGGUAGUGGUAGUGGUAGUGGCAGCGGUGGAAUCAACUGCACUGCCACAUCUUCGGCGCUACCUAACUCUACACAGUUAGCCGCUUGGAGUAUGGAGGAUUGCCUCUAUCAACAAACUGAACUUCCUGCCCUUACACAGCGCGCACAUCAUCUGCUACGCUUUACACCAUACGCAUUGCACCAUCGACCACAACUGCAGACAUUACCACCCGCGUUGUACCUACAGCAUGCUGCGGCUGCUGCAGCCGCUGUGGCCGCACAUGCGCAGCAUCAUCAUCAUCAUCACUUGCAACAGCGACCGGCAACGCCGGAAAGUCCGGCACCUCAUGAUGGUACACACAUUAAUAAUCUCUUUCCGGAAAUACUUGAAAUGAUCUUCCAAAAAUUAGCUGUGCGCGAUUUGGGUCGCGCAGCUCAGGUAUGUACCACCUGGCGUGAUAUUGCAUAUACGAAAAGUGUUUGGAGAGGUAUUGAAGCUAAGUUGCAUCUAAAGCGGUCCAGUUCUAGUCUUUUCAAUUCGCUGGUACGUCGUGGUAUAAAGAAGGUUCAAAUUCUUUCGCUGCGUCGUUCGCUGAAGGAUCUUGUUCUUGGCGUACCACUGCUAGUCUCGCUAAAUUUGAGCGGUUGCUAUAAUGUGGCCGAUAUGAAUUUGGGUCAUGCGUUCUCUGUGGAUUUACCGAACCUCAAAACACUGGAUCUAUCACUAUGCAAACAAAUCACAGACUCCAGUUUAGGGCGUAUAGCACAACAUAUUAGAAACUUGGAAACAUUAGAACUUGGCGGUUGCAGCCAAAUUACAAAUACCGGUCUCUUACUCAUAGCGUGGGGUCUUCGGAAAUUGAAAUAUUUGAAUUUACGUUCCUGUUGGCAAAUCACCGAUCAAGGUAUCGGUCAUUUGUCUGGCCUGACUAAAGACACUCCAGAAGGCAAUACUGAUUUAGAAUUUCUCGGUCUUCAGGACUGUCAACGACUCAGCGAUGAAGCGCUCGGUUAUAUAGCACAAGGUUUAACGUCACUAAAGUCAAUCAACCUGAGCUUCUGCGUUUCCGUCACUGACAGCGGCCUUAAGCACUUGGCGCGUAUGCCGAAACUAGAGCAAGUUAAUUUACGUUCCUGCGACAACAUUUCCGAUAUCGGCAUGGCAUAUCUCACCGAUGGCGGCUGUGGUAUUAUAUCAUUGGAUGUCAGCUUUUGCGAUAAGAUAAGCGAUCAAGCACUUACACACAUCGCACAGGGUCUAUAUCGUCUGCGCUCGCUCAGCUUAAAUCAGUGCCAAAUAACAGAUCAGGGUAUGUUGAGGAUCGCCAAAAAUCUACAGGAACUAGAAACCCUAAACAUCGGACAGUGUAGCAGAAUAACGGAUAAGGGUAUAGAAACCAUUGCGCAAGAUCUCAUCAACCUAAAGACUAUCGAUUUAUACGGUUGCACACAAUUAUCACCAACCGGUAUUGAUAUGAUUUUGAAAUUACCAAAAUUAGUAAAAUUGAAUCUUGGACUUUGGCUUUUAAGAUGAUGCGUUCUACGUAGUAUAAAGAGUGUAUGUGGAAACUUGUUUUCAGUGCGACUAUGCAAAAUUGUGUGUGUUUUAAUCGUAAAAGUGGGGGAGCAAAGCCUCGAUUUCGAAAAUCCAAAUGCAAAAAGGUGCAAAAAAGGUAGAUUAAGGAAGAAAAACUGAAGGUAUUUGCUAUUCAAGUUCGAUCUUACUGCAAGACAACACUAAUCAAUGCAACAACGAAAGCCAAUUUUAGCCGUGACAAAUCUUCUGCUACAUCCCACAAACUAACUGCUCUACAGAGCAUACAUACAUAAAACCAGCGACUGCAUAUCUGAGACCAUGAACCCUCGAGUCUUAUGCAAGCUUAAGUGGCAACCCAUAAUUUUACAAAUGCACUUAUAUAUAAAUGUAUAAAUAUAUGUGCAUAGAUAUGUGUGUGCACAGGCGCAUACCAACCCGCGCAGUUAGCCAUGGGUGCAGAAAGAAAAACAAGAAUAUGGCCGACAUUGGAUAAAUAAGCGCGCACGAGGUCUAACGGACCGAAAGCAAAGAAGACAUGGAUACAUUUCAACAAGGGUGCAUAACGUUGGAAAAGAAUUCCUAAAUAAAAAAUUUAAAAUUUAUUUUUUUUUUAUCAAAACCGUCGAACCAAGUUUAAAUCGGAGGCAGCAUUAACAACAACAACAACAGCUCGAGGCAACAUAUUCAUGACUUUCGUUUCGCAUAAACACGCCGUGUACUAAAUUUAAAACAGCAAUGAAGAACCCAAUCAAAAUCGCGAGUAGAAAAAAGAACUGAAAUAAAAUAAAACAGAAUCAAAUUUAAAUGAAACGAAACAACAAAGACCAAAACAAGGCUACGCCACCAACAAGAACGGCAACAACAGCAAUUAACUUGAACGCAGAGCCAACAGACACGCAAUGCAGUGCAGGCGAACAGACAGAUAGCACCACCGACUGACUGGUAUUGGCAUGGACAACAGACCAGCCGGACGAGCAAAACACACAUGCCCACAUGGCAGCAAACGUAGGGUAAAUAGACGUACAUAUGUGUGUAAAGUGCAUGAAGGCAUUUUGGUAAAAUAUACACUCAGACAUAACUAUGCAUCUAUAUAGAUACACAGGCGAGGCUUCAUGGCUACUGUUAAAGCCUGCAUGCAUGGCUGCGCCGUUGUUUGUGAACAGUGGCCCGGAAGGCUUAGUUGACAUGGCAGUUCACUAACUAACAUGGUUUGGCAUGGCUGGGAUGGAUGGCUAGCCACUAGUAUUAGCUUGCGAUAGCGGAUGACCGCCUUGAAUUCUGUUACUUUGCAUAAGUGUCUUAUACGCUCGUAUGUAUGUUUGCAUGCUCAUUUUUGGCGUUCACACCGUAGACAAAGGAUGACGACGCGGUGUAGAGCUUAGAGCUUAUGAUAUGGCGGACGUAGAAGCUGGAGUUAAGGUAUGAGUAUGCUCUUAAGACCACCAAAACCGACUUUCAAGCGAAACAAUCUGAGUAGAGAUAAUUAAUACAUUAAGCACGCAGAAGUAAAAUAUUUAAAAUAUUCCGAUACCAACAACCAUCCUUCUAUUAAAAGGCAUCGAAAGGGUGCAUGACGUGAUGAUAGUAGCAGUACAGCAGUGAGGAAGACGGCGUUAGAAGCAGUAAUAAAAAAUCGUCAACGAAACACCUAGGCGCACAUCAAUGGUUGGGGAGCAAACAAAAGCAGUCACAGUAACUUUAACUACUCUAGAAGAAGCAGCGUCGGAGGUUUUCACAGUACCAAGCUUAAAUAAGAACAAAAAUUACAAAAAACAAUGGCAAAAGUAAAUGCACAAGCUACCCUCACUUUAGACUAUCUGUUUUAUACUAAAUAAGAGAAAAAAUGUAUUGUAUUAGAUAAUGAAAAGAAACAUACACACAAAUAUGAACACCUGUAAAGCUUAAACAAGUACACAGCUAAACAAAAAACAAAAAAAAAAGAAAUAGCCAUGCCUACGUAUGUAUAUGUAUAUGUGUAUGUAUUUAUGUAUACUGAAAAACUCGCACAACAACAAAAAAAGCAGAAGAAUAACUAAGCAAACAGAAAACACUCCUAUCUACAUACAUAUGUAUAAUAGCAAAAAGUGCAUAAGUCAAAAUAAAAAUAAAAAGAAAUAGAAAAAAUUAAUACUAAAAAUUAUAAAACAAGCAACGGUGUUACGCGCCUCAAUGUGCGCCUUACCACAAUUUUUGUUGUGUAACAAAUAGAAAAUACAGUCAAAACCGGUUAAUCGCAAUACAACUUUUAUGGCAUUUCAAAAA